AUGUGCUUGACUAAAGGUCCAAUAGUGCCAAUAUCAACAGUAGUUUUGACAUCACCGACAGAGACAAAUGUCACUGUCAACGCGGGCUCAUCGAGGAAAUUCACGUGUCGUACAUCUGGGGGUCUUCCACAACCAACGGUGGAGUGGUAUAAGACGUCUAGUAGCAGCUGUUCUAGGAAUGGCGUCAAGAUAAUGAAUUCCAUAUCCAGUUCACCGUCUAAAAGCUAUGGUCUUAUUCAGGUGGAAAGUUCACUGUUAUUCACAGCAUCCAGUUUGGAUAAUAAUCUCUGGAUUUGCUGCGCGGCAAGUAAUAUCAACUCCCAGUGGAAACUGUCAGGAACGAAGCUUCUAGACGUAAGAUAUCCUCCACCUAAUCCGCCAGUGAUUGACGCCUUCAACACAAUAACUGACUACCUGAUGAUAGAGAAUAGCACUGAACUGCUGACAUGUAGGAGUACUGGCGGAAAUCCUCUUGCCAGCCUUGCGUGGAGCUGUUACAGCGGCAUCCAGUCAAACCCUAACAUUAGCGGCGGUUCAGUCAGUCGCUCUGUACAGUUCACAGCGCGGCGUAACCAAGACAACACGUGCACGUGUACUGCCACACAUGAGGCGGGACCGUUGCAACAGGCUACAUUGGACGUCAAUAUUAUGUAUACCCCUUCAACACCAAAAUUCAAAGUGGACGGUACACAAGUGGGCAUCGCGAUUAGCAUAAUUAAAGACAGUGCUCAGACGGUGACGUGUCACAGUUUUGGAAAACCUAAUCCAUCUACAAACGAUUUCACUUGGACAAAAGGAAGUGUCGUUGUUAGUUCAAACUCGGUUUUAAGCUGGACCGGCGGAAUCAGAAUUCAGGACGGAGGCAGUUACAAAUGUAAAGUUAAAACAACGAUGACACCUUCGAAUACCAGCCAAACUCCAGUUACGACAGAGGUGUCUUCUGAUGUCACCAUGAAUGUACUAUACGCCCCGUCCACACCAGAAAUACGAAUGAACCCUUUGAGUGUAGACGUGAUAACGGACAAGAUCACGGUUGUGAUUAACAGGCAGUUUGAGUUGGCGUGCAAGGCGACAGCCCAUCCAACCGCAAAUUACAGUUGGACAGGCGGCUCCAGAACAGAUCAUACACAGAUUCUACAGGAUACCAUUACAACAAAGACAAACACGUCAAGGACAUGUACAGCCCAUAAUGUGCUGAAACCGUCCGUCGGAAAUGAGCAGACCCCAUCCUCAUCGGAUUCUAUAGCCGUGAAUAUAAAUUAUCCACCCGAGUAUGUUACUUUACGGCACACAAUAGAAAAUGGUAACAUAGUUUUAUCCAAAUAUAACAUCAUGGAAAGCGCAAACUUGAAGCUAUUUUGUGAUAGUCAAAGCAACCCAUCAUCAUCAUUUUCCUGGAAAGGAUCGAACAUAUUGCACACUGGAAGUGUUCUUCUUCGCAAUAAUAUAAGCAGAUCGGAGAAGGGUCAUUUGUCGUGUACGGCUAGAAAUACGAUGACGCAUAUGACCCAGCUUGUGGAAGGAUUGUCGUCUGCAAAUAUAACUCUAAACAUUCUCUGUAUGUAUAUUCUUUAUUCCUGUUUUCCCUGUGAGUCGACAAUAUUUAUAGUUCUCAGAUUAUACAACAUGUCUUUUUUUUACUUGAAAACCGAGUUUGUGAUGGUUUUUGAUAGCGAUUCGCCACGGUUGCAUCAACUUCACAUGCUUAGCGCCCUGGAAGGUGAACAAUUAACUCUAAAAUGUGAAUACGAGCCAGGUAACCCAACGGAAACAACAGUUGUAAUUGCUCGGUUAAACGACCGGAUUACCUGGACCGGAAGAACACAUACAAUUCCAUCGCUGAAGAGAAGCGAUGCUGGUAUGUACAGUUGUACAGUUCGUAACAUCAUGCAGCCAACGGGACAAGAGAACGAAAUCGUCGGAGAGGAUACAGGAAUUUUCCAGGUUAACGUAUGGUACAAAACUUCUGUGUCCAAGUUUGGUUUAACCAGUCAUCCCGACGCGAUUAAUGUUACUGUUGAUGAAAACACAAAUCUCAACUUCUACUGUGAAGUUGACAGUAACCCAAACUCCACCAUUAUAUUUGGAAGAUCGGACAGGCUACAGGACAACGCUACUCUAAAAAGGACCGACGGGUUUCUUCAUCUGGCAUUUGAUGUUCAACAUGCUGGCUGUGUUGAUACAGCAAGUUACUAUUGUCUUGGGUAUAAUAUCUACACAGAGAUUGAAAAGGCACCAAGGAAACAAAUGAACGUUUAUGUUCGAUGUUCACCAAGAGCAUCAGGAGGUCAAAAGGAAAGCAAAGUUACAGGGGUCAUUGGCGGCAAUGCAACGUUUACGUUUCAUAUAGUGGCAUAUCCUGUACCAAACAAAGACUGAUAUGUAUGGUACAAAUGGAAUGGGACAACGUAUUCUCAAGUUCACAACAGUGACAAAUACACCAUCAACAAUGCCGGUUUAUCUACAACAUUCACCAUCAAUGCUAUUGAAAAGGAAGAUUUUUCAACCUAUCUGCUAACGGUGUCCAA